ACUCAUUGACCAAACCAAACAGUAAAAUAACUAAGUAACAACACAGGUUGCCCCGCCAGAAACCAAAACUUGACUUUCGAGCUCAUUCCAUUCUUGUUCAUCCCUUCAUGCAAUCUAGGGUUCCAAAUCACUCACUCCCUUCACAUCGUGGAAAAAAAACCAUGUACUCGAGCAAUUUCAUCGGCUUCAUCUUGGCCGUCGUCUCUAGCGCCUUCAUCGGUUCCAGCUUCAUCAUCAAGAAAAAAGGCCUCCAACGUGCCAGUCUCAACGGCUCACGUGCCAGUGGCGGAGGCUACGGUUACCUUCUGCAACCUCUUUGGUGGCUCGGAAUGGUUACUAUGAUUGUCGGAGAGAUAGCGAAUUUUGUGGCGUACGUUUAUGCCCCCGCGGUGCUUGUCACGCCGCUUGGUGCUUUGAGUAUUAUUGUUAGUGCUGUGUUGGCGCAUUUCAUGUUGAACGAGAAGCUGCAGAAAAUGGGCAUGCUGGGGUGUCUUCUGUGCAUUGUGGGUUCCACUGUGAUUGUGCUCCAUGCGCCUCAAGAGAAGUCUCUUAGUUCUGUAGAAGAAAUAUGGCAGUUGGCACUUCAACCUGCUGAAUUUUGUUUUGUUAUGUAUACCUGCUGCUUCUGCUUUCUGUUUGGACAUCCAGCAUUCCUGUCGUACACUGCCUCGGCGAUCGCUGUAGUGUUCUUUUUGAUUUUGUAUUGUGCUCCUCGCCAUGGCCAGACUAAUAUUUUAGUUUAUAUUGGAAUAUGCUCCAUAAUUGGAUCCUUGACUGUCAUGAGCAUAAAAGCAAUUGGCAUUGCUAUAAGACUUACGAUCGAGGGUGCUGACCAGUUUGUUCAGUUCCAGACAUGGAUUUUUACCAUGGUCGCUAUUUCCUGCAUCGUUACUCAGUUAAAUUAUCUUAAUAUGGCAUUGGAUACUUUUAACACAGCAGUUGUUUCUCCGAUCUACUAUGCCUUGUUCACAUCUUUUACAAUAUUAGCUAGUGCAAUCAUGUUUAAGGACUAUUAUGGUCAAAGUAUAAGCAGUAUUGCAUCGGAGCUUUGUGGUUUCGUUACUGUUUUAUCUGGUACAACUGUAUUACACAGUACAAGAGAGCCAGAUCCUCCAGUCAAUACAGAUUUGUAUAGUCCCUUGUCUCCAAAAGUAUCGUGGUAUAUCCAAGGCAAUGGCGAACCUUGGAAACAGAAAGAAGAUGCGCCACCCUUUAAUUUAAUUACAGUUAUCCGGCAAGACCAUUUCAAGUGAUACAGAAUUCUGAGACUGGUGGAGAAAGAAGUUAGAUCUGUCCGUUGCUUGAUGUAGGAGGGUUAUGUGCAUUAAGCAACAAAAUGUGGCAGUGUAUACGUUUUGGCUCUGACCCCAUCUAUUUGAUUUAGCAAGAUUUAAAAGACUGUCAUCACAUUGUGCAGACAGAGACGAGACAGUGCUUUAUUUUUUCGGGGGCUUUUGUUCAUUGGUAUCAUUUGAGAUGAAAGCUUGUUUGCUAUCAUCUAAAAUACUAGGGUGAGUUUGCGUCAUCAUCAUCUAGUUUUGCAUUAUUUUUCCCCUCUUGUAUUCCUUUCCCCAAUUGUAUUUUUUGGGGUCCAUCCCCCCUCCCCACUUCCUUUGAUUUAUCUCUGAACAAUGAGAAAUCUAAUCUAUGUAUAUUGAUCAGUGUAAUUUUAAUUUAAUAGAAGGAUGUGAAUAGGUAUGUAUAUCUAUAAUAUUAUACAGCUGGAUUCAUCUUUGCUUGGAGACCA